UCAAACGGCUACACAAAAUCUUAGAGCAUCUACGUACCCCAAGACAGAGGUGAAAGGGAAGGAGCAACCCCAAGACAGAUAGACGUACCGUACGUGCAUGUGUAGGGUAGCAACCACACUAAUUUACAUCCAUCUACUCAUCCAUCCAUCUUAGCAUAUCAUAAAGAGAGGGAAAGUAGCACUGCUAGUCCUCGGCUUGGUAGUGCUAUCUGAGUAGGGAGAAGGAGCAGGGAGAAGAAGAGAGAGAUCUAGAGAGAGACUAGGUCAGGCGAAAGGGCUGGCCGGCAAGCAGCUAGGAAGGAAGGAUGGGUCGUGGUAAGGUUGAGCUGAAGCGGAUCGACAACAAGAUCAGCCGGCAGGUGACGUUUGCCAAGCGCCGGAACGGGCUGCUCAAGAAGGCGUACGAGCUGUCGGUGCUCUGUGACGCCGAGGUCGCCCUCAUCAUCUUCUCCACCCGCGGCCGCCUCUUUGAGUUCUCUACCUCAUCAUGCAUGUAUAAGACGCUUGAGAGGUACCGCAGCUGCAACUACAACUCCAAAGCAACAGCAACUCCGGAGACUGAAUUAAGCAAUUACCAAGAGUAUUUAAAGAUGAAGACAAGAGUUGAGUUCCUACAGACAACUCAGAGAAAUCUUCUUGGUGAAGACUUGGGCCCACUUAGCAUUAAGGAGCUUGAGCAACUUGAGAACCAAAUUGAGAUAUCUCUCAAAAAUAUAAGGUCGACAAAGAGCCAGCAGUCACUUGAUCAGCUCUUUGAGCUCAAGCGUAAGGAACAACAACUGCAAGAUGUUAACAAAGACUUAAGAAGGAAGAUACAAGAAACUAGUGCAGAAAAUGUGCUGCAUAUGUCUUGCCAGGAUGUUGGACCUAGUGGGUCUAGUGGACAGGCUAAUCAAGCGAACGAGCAGGAACUAUUUCACUCUGCAGUUUGUGACCCGACUCUGCAUAUAGGGUUUCAUCAAUCUUACCUGGAUCAACUGAACAAUAACUGAGUGAAUGGUUUAGGUGACUCCUUAGCGGGGACAUCUAGCUUAUAUUAGCCUAUUGUGUACUAAUCAAGAGGUCAAGUUGUAUGUUAUUAUGAACUGUAAGUGAACUAUCUAAGUGUGCCGGAUGCUAAAUGAACACAGUUUCUCAGUUUUAAUUAACUAUCUACUGAAAA